CUCCGGCCAUGGCGGUGUACCACGACGAGGUGGAGAUCGAGGACUUCGAGUACGACGAGGAGACGGAGACCUACUCCUAUCCCUGCCCGUGCGGGGACAACUUCGUCAUCACCAGGGAAGACUUAGAAAACGGAGAAGACGUUGCUACCUGUCCAAGCUGCUCCCUCCUUAUAAAAGUGAUAUACGACAAGGAUCAGUUUAUGAGUGGUGAAGUAGUUGCAGCACCUUCCAGUGAGAAGGAAUUGGUUAAAUGCUGAAGACCACCUCAGUAAUUUAUUCCAACCUUCCACGGAUGGGCCUUGGAUGAAUGAGAAAUGUCAUAAAACAGGACUUCCCGGACAGUGGCCGUGUAACUGGAGGUGUCGUGAGGAAGUCACUUUAAGUCACUUUAAGUCUUUAAGUCACUGCAAUACUGUGGACAAUAAACAGCUCAGCUGGCAGAAAUGCCCAGAUUGGGAUUUUCGCGUAUACAAGCUUGAAUGUUUAUCCAGUUUUACGGUGUUGCACUUUUUAGUAUUUCCAAAGGACAUCUCCAAAUCAGCAGAGGCUUCUUCAAAUUCAUUAUGUAAUACACCGUCUCAUUUUUUUUAAACUUAAUUCAAUGCAUCCUCUACCUCGAAAUCAGUAGCAUUUUUCAGCAAUCUGGAUGGAUGUUACUGAUUCAUUCAGUCAGUCGUAUUUAUUGAGCGCUUACUGUGUGCAGAGCACUGUUCUAAGCGCUUGGGAAGUACAAGUUGGCAACAGAUCCUUCAAAGUUCUCCUAAUUUGAGAUUCACUCUACAGGACUGACUUUUUCUGCUCAGUCCCCUUUCCCGGCAAAUAUUUUCAAAAACAGGAUUGAGUCUGGGGGUUGGAUUAGCAUCUCAUGCUGUUUUCCAGUCAUCGGCGAUAGCCGGGAAGAGAAAGUCCAGUGAAUUGACAACUUCCCCAAAGGUAACGGUCACCUGUGCCGUGGAGGAUUAGGGGAAGUCGAAAAGUGAAAUAUUUCAGGGGAAGAGGAGGAAGAGGAGAAAUUGCCAGAUACCAUCCAUCCUACCCGGAAAGAAGCUGGACAACAUUGGCAGCCGUUUAAUCUGCCAUAAAUAGCAGUAAUACGAAUGAUAGUGUGUCUAAAACAAUUGACCGAAUCACUGAAGUCGUCUGAACUGUUUAAGAAAACCACAGAACCAAAAAACAUAUUCUCUGUAUUAAACAAGAACUAGAAGCUUUAAAGUUGUAAUUGUGAUCUGUCACCAACUCCUCGCUACCACUGAGAUGCCAUCUAAACGGUCCAUUGA